AUGGGUAUAAUUCGACACGGGUUGAUUCCUCGGGUCAAAGGUGAGUUCGGUGGUCCUGUUGGUCGGGGAAUCGUCAGCUUGAGCAGCCGGUCGCUGUCAACUUUGACUGCUGCCGGCGCCAGAUCCGGUCAAUUGGCUACUGUGGGUCUCGUUCAUACAAAUUCCACAAGAAAUACGAGUUCGCCAUUAUUGUUUGUCAUUGGCAGACGGUUCCAAUCGACGGUUCAGAAGGAAUCCGUCAAAAAGGACGACAAACCUGCUGCUGCUGCUGCUGCCGCGGCUGUCUCGGGCUCGGGGUCUUCAUCCGGUUCGUCGGCCACUGCUUCAUCAUCUGAUUCAGCAACUGCUUCAAAAACUGGCUCGACUGGCUCGACAACUGGUUCAAGUUCUUCUGGCACUACUGAGACUGCACCAGCCAAAGUGGAGAAAAAACUCACUAUAUGGGAAAAAGUCAAGCAUGAAGCGCAACAUUACUGGGAUGGUACUAAACUGCUCGGUUAUGAAUUCAAAGUGUCGACUAAACUGCUUGCUAAAAUGGCAGCUGGAUAUGAGCUGACAAGAAGAGAGAACCGUCAACUGAACAGAACUCUUCAGGAUAUUAUGCGAUUAGUUCCAUUUUCCAUGUUCAUUCUUGUUCCCUUUGCCGAACUUUUAUUGCCAUUUGCAUUGAAAAUCUUCCCCAACUUACUUCCUUCUACUUACGAGUCUGGUAAGGACAAGGAAGCCAAGACCAAGAAACUCCGGAAAACUCGAGGUGCCGUGUCGCAGUUUUUGCGUCAGACCGUCACUGAAAGUGGAAUGGUGUUCCCAGUAGUGGUCAACCCCGAGCAAAAAGAGCAGUUUGCCACUUUUUUCAAGCAAGUCAAGUCUAGUGUGCAACAACCAUCAAGAGAACUGCUCAUUUCAGUAGCAAGAUUGUUUAAAGAUGACGUUGUUCUCGAUAAUUUGUCGCGUCCUCAACUGGUAGCUAUGGCCAAAUAUAUCAAUAUCCAUCCGUAUGGAACCAGUGUGAUGCUUCGGUACUCGAUUCGUCACAGAAUGAGACAGAUUAAACAAGACGACCGAGCCAUUGACUAUGAAGGAGUCGAGUCUCUGUCGGUUCCUGAGCUGCAAUCUGCCUGUGCUUCCAGAGGUAUCAAGACCUAUGGAAUAUCACCAGCCAAACUUCGUGACGAUCUGACCACAUGGUUAGAGCUUAGAUUGCACCAGAAAGUGCCCAGUACACUUUUGAUUCUCAGUUCGGCGUAUACUUACGGCGAGCCUGAUAACCUUGAUUCGUACUAUGACGGUAUUCAAGCUGUGUUAAGCGCACUUCCUGAAGAGUUAUACCACGAAGCCGAGCUCGAAGUGUCGUCUACAUCUGCCACUAACAAGCAACGUCUCGAGGUGUUGAAGGAGCAACAGGAGCUCAUUCAGGACGAAAACGACGAGGAAAUGGAGAGCGGCCAUGUCAUCAAAGUCAGAGACCACCUGAGUAUCGAGGACGACGAGCCUGUAGCGGCCGAAGUGCCCAAAGAAAAGAGCGAUGCCGCCACCAACGCUGCCAACGCCGUCAAAUCGGCUGCUGCUGCUGCUGGACAGGCCAAAAAAGAAGCCGACAACCGGGACUAG